UAUUGAUAACGAUUAAAUCCCGCGGCUCAAGGUUCUCGACUGUUAUUAUAGUCCAAUAGAACGGUGUUUACGAGGUAGCUAAUCUUUUCCCAUAUAAACGUCGAACAAGAAUGCACCUGCUAACGAAACAUCGUCGCUACGACCGUUGGACGAUGUCGCAUGUCGACGACGAACGCAUCGCGACGACCUUAUCGAACUCGCUUAGGUAGUACUCGUGGAAAAAGGAAACAAUUGCAUUCGCGUGUUUUCGACGCUCUGUAGUUGCGCGUAGGGUGGCGUGGCGUGGCUCUGUUAAAGCUAAUAAAUAAUCAACCCUUUCGGUUUGACGACGCUAUGCGACCGACGGACACGGUGCGGCCUGUCCUUUGUACGAAUCAACGCGCAUCCUUACGAGUCUAGCUUUGUUUACGCGUUUCGUAAUUUCAUUAUUAUGUAUGACACGCGGCAUAAUUUAUGCAUGCAUGGAUGUAUGCAUGCGUGCGCCUGAGUAUCGCGUCAUCGCGCCGCGCUAGUGGAAUUCAAAAAAGUAAUUAUAAUAAUGGAACGGCGAUUUACACGGAAAUAUCACAGUUUUAAAAAAAGUUGGUACACUGUUAUCUAAUACGCAACAGUCGGAAAUGUAGAGUUUGUGACGAUAUGCGUUAUUGGUUUACGUUGAUAAUCGCAUCGCCCGGAUCGAUGAGUGGAAAGGGUAGUUCGUACGAUAAGCUCUAUCCGUGACUUCAUUCGGAAACAGACCUGGUAUUCGUCGCGUAGUGCCUGCACGCGUGCACGCGUUGCCUUCGAUUGUUUAUUUUCGUGUAUUUCUUUUUCUACGUAUACCGAUCAGGCGCGCGUUACGUCCUCGGUUAGAAGAUCGGUAGGAGACAUCGUACCAGACGUCCUGCCAGCGAAGCUUCCUCCGUUCGAAUGCCUCAAACCCGUUCACGUAAAAUGAAGAGAAGACUGAUUCUGUGCGUCGUUUGUGCUAUCGUACUGUUCGUUAUUGUGAUUUCGACGGAUGGCGAUUUCAUUCAACGCGUGUCGCUUCUCGUGGACCUCGGCGAUCCCAACGAUGUCACGUGUUACUAUGAAAAUAACGCAGCGAACUUUCUUCCGAAUUAUUAUUCGGGAUCAGACGCCGAAGAGCCGAGGAACGACAGAAAUAUUUUUUUCCACGAGACAUCCUGCUUCAACGAAGACAGCCUGAUUCUGAACGCACGCCAGGCGUGCGCCGUUGAAUCCGCAGCCAAGAUGAAUCCAAACAUGAAAGUGUAUCUAUUCUUUCUAUCCGCCGCGAGAACCUCCAAUCAGUCGAGAGAUAUCUUCGAUCUUUUACAGACUUAUCCGAACAUUAAGAUCAAGCAUAUUUACCCCGAGGAGUACGUAAAAAAUACACCAUUGGAAUUGUGGUACAAGAGCGGCAUGCUGCGAACGAGUCGAUGGCCAAGGAGUCACAUGUCGGACAUGCUCAGAUAUCUUACCCUUUGGAAAUACGGAGGGAUAUAUCUCGAUCUCGAUGUCAUUGUUACAACAUCGCUGGAGCGUUUAACGAACUUCGCCGGAGCUGAAGACUGGGACGACGUUGCCGCUGGCGUGAUGGGAUUCGAUAUGUCGUCGCUGGGUCGUCGCAUGGCCGACGCCUGUAUUCGUGAUUUUAAGACGAACUUCCGCGGUUACGAUUGGGGAAACAAUGGACCUGGCGUGAUCACAAGGACUCUGCAAAAUAUUUGUUCUACGAAAUACGCUCGAGAUAUGACCACCGCUCGCUGCCACGGCUUUAAAGUAUUCCCUCCGUCGGCGUUUUAUCCGAUUCACUACAAAAACUGGAAAAUGUACUUCGAGACGAAGGAUAAGAAUGCGACAAUGAAGAUGUUGGAAAGAGCCAUGGCCAUUCACGUUUGGAACAAGCUUAGUAAAUCCGAAGAAGUCCGGGUGAACAGCGACGUUCCUUACGCCGUCAUCGCGCGGAGACAUUGUCCGAUCGUUUUUAAUAAUUGCGGGACGGUAUUUUAAAUAAUUGGAAAUGAAAGUUACCGUAAGAUAACUUUGAGUCUAUGACUAGACUAGACGGAAGACUACGGGGAGAGUUAACUAUUUUUUGGUUACGUGACCAAUUCGGGAAACGAUGACUUAUUCUUCGGGACAAUAUUAGUUGAAUCUUCGCUAAGCUAGUCGAUAAGUUUUAACAAAAGGAAAAUAUUGGUUCGACCGAAAUACGUACGAAGAUGUUUAGAUCUUUAGGAAAGUGAUGAAAAUUUAUAAAACAUAUCGUAGGGAAUUAUGCGUAUAAUUAUACAUAAUGAUAUUGUUUUUUCAUUGUAAGCAUUGUUAAUUCAUCACGCGAUGAUUAGUAUUUUAUCAAUGUUGUCGAUUAUUUAUUCCGUUUUGAAUAUUUAGUACUUUUGCGCCAAGUUUGCAGACUGAGGCCAAAUUAGUUGUUUGAACGAAAUUAAAAUUGUAGUAGGUCGAAAAUUUAUCGGGGACCUUGCAACUGUGAUAAUAUCUAAGACCAAGUUCUAUAAGAAAAAACGAAAGCAAUGGAAACGUGUAUAGUAGAGACUAGAGAUAUACAUACGUAUACAUUAUGUAUUACGUCGACGGUUACCCGUUCUUUGGCGUCGACGUUGCUACUUGCUACUUGGAACUGCUACAAACAGUAUUAACCGAUUCCGUCA